AUGUGCAAGGCAGGGCGGAAGACGACUGCCCGCCGGGAGUCGGAUCCGCAAGAAGAGGAAGAUGGGCAGCUGGCCGGCGGCAGCACAACCGUCGCCUGUGAGCACCGGUCAAAGAAGAACCUCUUCGAUACCAAGUCAUGCUGCAAAAAGUUGAAGAACAUGUGCCCCAUCCAGUGCGACUCGUGCGCCAGGAAUAAGGACAAGAAUCCAGAAGCCGCUCAGGCCUCGCCGCUUCCGCUGACAAUGUGCACCGCGUGCGCCGAAGUGAUGUGCCCGGCGCACGCGCUCGACCAUCAGAACGCGGAGCGUACCGGGGAAUGCCACGUGCUGGCCGUCAUCCUAUCUUCUGAAUUCAGUGUUAGGUGUUCUCGCUGCGAUUGCGAUCUACAUCCCGAAGACGCGACGGGACGCAAGGACUUUGUCAAGCAACUGCUCGAUCAACUCGCCAACAAGCAGCCAGCCGCUGCAAAAGCCAGCAAAACCAAUGGCACCUCCAAGCAGGCGCCCGUCGCUGAAGCCGAAGAGGUGCAUGAAGACGCCGAAUCGACGAGCGAGGUGGCCGUCAACGGGAAAAGCAACAAGCCCGAUAAAAAGGACAAGAAGGACAAGAAAAAGGCCAAAGAGAAGGAGGAUACGCCGGAACACUUGUCUGUGCCGAAGGGCCUCACAAACCUUGGCAAUACCUGUUACUUCAACUCGGUGACCCAGUCGAUCAUGUUCACCUACCCGAUGUCGUUCUAUUAUGAAAACUUUGGCGCCGUCAAGGAGCUCGUGUUCACGAAGCAGGAGAUCAAGGUCGACGAUAAAUCUGUAGAAAUUGAGGCUUGUGAUGUGAAGACGUCGGUGAAUAAUCGGACGAUGAAUGAUGCCCUGAAACAGUUGGCACUGGAUUACGUGAAUGCGCGCAGCGGCCUGACGCCCACCAAGCUCGUCUCGCAGAUCCAGAGCAAGGGCAAGAUCCGCGUCUACCAGCAACAAGAUUCUCACGAGCUUUUACGUUACCUGCUCGACGCGCUGCGCAGCGAGGAGCUCGACGCCUACAAGAAGUCCAUCCACGAAAUUGUCCCGUUGGGAGACAAGGGCAAGGGAAAGUCAGAAGAUCUUGAGCUGCGCCGCCAGCAUAAAGCGUACUUGGAAGCCGCCGGGCGCCCGCUGCUCGACUCGAUCUUUGGGGGACGCUUGCAGCAGACGAUCCGCUGCUCGAAAUGCGGGCACAUCAGUCAACAACCUGAAAGCUUCCUGGACCUCUCCCUGCCCGUCCCCUCGGAACAUCGCGCGGCCGGCGGGAAAGAGAACAAGGGCAAGCGCAACACCAAGGCCAAGCAUACGAACGGCUCGGACAGUUCGCCAAUGAUUGAUGACCAGUUCAACAACAUGGAGCUCGACGACCAUGAGAUCUCGGUCGGGUUCACGGAAACCCUCGUGGAGUGCCCGGAGGAAUUUGAGAGCGGCCGCAACAUUGGCCACUACAUGCGCCUCUUCAUGGCCGAGGAGACGCUCGACGGCGUCAACAAGUACGAGUGCGAGAAGUGCUGCCUGCCACAGAACAAGAAGAAUGGUCUCACCGGGGCCAACAAGCACCGCGAAGUCGCCAUCAAGCGCUACCUGAUCUGGGAGCCGCCCACCAUCCUCACGCUGCACCUCAAGCGCUUUUCGCAGGGAUUCGGCGGCCGGGGAGGACUCCAGAAGAUUUCUGGCCACAUCGACUUCCCGGAAGUGUUCGACAUUGCCCCGUUCUGCUGCAAAAACGUCGAGCGCGUGAAGCCGGGCGGCCAGCGCAAGAUUCUCUACGCCGUCUACGCCAUCGUCUGCCACUCGGGGACGAUGCACAGCGGCCACUACAUUGCCUACGUCAAGAGCCGUGCCCGGAUUCCGCAGGCUCAACUUUUCAUCGAAUGUGCACGCCUGCGAUGUGCAGAUCUGCAGGCGAAGGGCAAGCCCGAGGAGCUGCAGACGAUGCGCGAAAAGGUCGAGGACGCGCUCGAGCAGAAUGCCAACGCUGAACGCUUCGAUGCCCCGGACGGUCAGUGGUACUACAUCUCGGAUUCGACCGUUAGCCGGGUCUCCCGCGACAAGGCCCUCGGCUCCGAGGCGUACAUCCUCUUCUACGAGCGCAUCCAC